AUGGCAGUCAGACUGUGUGAUGUGGCUUCUCUGCUUAGAAGUGGUUCGUGGGCGGCUGAGCCGUGGACUGGGCAGGUAAUUGCUGCCAUGGAAACACAACUGUCUAAUGGGCCAACUUGCAAUAACACAGCCAAUGGUCCUACUACCAUAAACAACAACUGCUCAUCACCAGUGGACUCUGGAAACACGGAGGACAGCAAAACCAAUUUAAUAGUCAACUAUCUUCCUCAGAAUAUGACACAGGAGGAGCUCAAAAGUCUGUUCGGGAGCAUUGGCGAGAUAGAAUCCUGCAAACUUGUAAGAGACAAAAUAACAGGACAAAGCUUGGGGUAUGGAUUUGUGAACUACAUUGACCCUAAGGAUGCUGAAAAGGCGAUCAACACACUGAAUGGAUUGAGACUUCAAACCAAAACAAUAAAAGUUUCCUAUGCGCGACCGAGUUCAGCUUCCAUUAGAGAUGCAAAUCUGUAUGUCAGUGGUCUCCCAAAAACGAUGACCCAGAAAGAAUUGGAGCAGCUGUUCUCCCAGUACGGACGUAUCAUUACUUCUCGUAUUCUAGUGGACCAAGUCACUGGAGUUUCAAGGGGUGUGGGCUUCAUCCGGUUUGACAAGCGGAUUGAGGCAGAAGAAGCCAUCAAAGGCUUGAACGGACAGAAACCUCCGAGUGCCACAGAGCCAAUCACUGUAAAGUUCGCCAACAAUCCAAGCCAAAAAACAAACCAGGCCAUCCUUUCCCAGCUGUACCAGUCUCCAAACAGAAGGUACCCCGGACCUCUAGCUCAGCAGGCUCAACGUUUUAGGUUGGACAAUCUGCUCAAUAUGGCUUAUGGAGUAAAGAGUAGGUUUUCUCCAAUGACCAUUGAUGGAAUGACCAGUUUGGCGGGGAUCAAUAUCCCGGGACAUGCGGGGACCGGAUGGUGCAUUUUUGUUUACAAUUUAGCUCCCGACGCAGACGAGAGCAUCCUGUGGCAAAUGUUCGGACCCUUCGGGGCGGUCACCAACGUGAAGGUCAUCCGCGACUUCAACACAAACAAAUGCAAAGGCUUUGGAUUUGUGACUAUGACAAACUAUGACGAGGCGGCCAUGGCUAUCGCCAGCCUGAACGGAUACCGCCUUGGAGACAGAGUUUUGCAGGUCUCGUUUAAAACAAACAAAACGCACAAAGCCUAAUGAGUUGCCCUCGGCCCAGUUUAUAUUUGAAAACUUAUUCGACAAAGGCAAGUUAAAAUAAACUUUAUACAUUAGUAAAUGUCUUUGUAAGUCAGUGUUGAGAUGGGGGGGGCGGGGAUAAAAGACUAGCAUCCUAAGAAAUAUGCGAGAUUUUUUAUUGCUAGUAUUUGAAUUAUAUAAAAAAAAACUUCUUAAAUAUCUUAUGUUUGAAUAUGGACGAGGUGCAGGGUUUUUUACCUGUCACAAUGCAUUCUAUUGCCUUCUUUGAAGAAGGCGGAACCUUUUAAAAUGUUUGAGCUUAAGGGGAGACGAUUUCUUUUACACGACUGCCUUGAACCUGUGAGUAGUUAA